UCUCUCGUUGCCUGGCAGACGUCGAUGAAGAACAUGGAGCAGGAACUGCUGUGCCCGCUGUGCAAGGAGAUGUACAAGCAGCCCAUCAUCCUGCCCUGCAUGCACAACGUCUGCCUGAUGUGUGCCACUGAGCUGCUCGUCCAACAGGGCAUCGUGUGCCCUGAGCCUGCCUCCGAACCCUCCUCGCCCGCCUCCACGCCCAUCGUGAGGAGCCCCCGGAUUGGCCGAAGAGCGGGCACCAAGACCGAUAGGCUGGACCGUCUCAUCCGGGCAGGUUACGGGACGUACCCGGGGCGACGCAGGGGCACUGCCCACCCCCAGACCGUCAGCGUGCCCUGCCCGAGCUGUCAGCGUGAGGUGGACCUGGGCGAGAGGGGUCUCAGCGACCUGUUCCGUAACCUGACCCUGGAGCGUAUCGUGGAGCGGUACCGCAACCUGGCCGAGCUGGGGGCCGCCGUCCAGUGCCAGCUGUGUAAACCCCCCGUGCAAGAGGCCACCAAAGGCUGUACCGACUGUCGUGCCAACUACUGCAACGAGUGCUUCAAACUUCACCAUCCAUGGGGCACCGCCAAGGCUCAGCACGAGUACAUUGGACCAACCCUGAGCUUCAGGCCCAAGGUCCUGAUGUGUCCUGACCACGACAUGGAGAGAGUGACCCUGUACUGCAAGACCUGCCAACGCCUCAUCUGCCAACUCUGCAAACUCCGGCGGGUACACACCGCGCACAAGAUCGCGCCCGUCGCCAACGUCUACCAGGCUCUGAAGGACAAGCUUACCAGGACAAUUUCCGUCAUCGUCAACAAUCAGAAUCUCGUUCAGACCCAGAUCCAGAUCCUCGAUGAGCUGGUACAACAGACUGAGGCCAACAGUGGACGGGCGUGUGAGGAGGUGGUGACCUCGGUGAGGGAGCUGUGCGAGGUACUGGAGGAGAAGCAGGACUCCCUGACCCGGGCCAUCCAGGAGUGCAAGAGGAGACGGCUGCAGAGCCUGCACACGCAGAUCGCCGAGCACCAGGGCAUGCUGGAACAUUCCGGAAUGGUCACUUACACCCAGGAAGUGCUCAAGGAGACUGACCAGCCAGGCUUCAUCCAGGCGGCCAAGCAGCUGCACGCGAGGCUAGUCAAAGCCACGGAAUCCUUACAAAACUUCUCCCCGGUGGCCGAUUCGUCCUUCGACCACUUCCAGCUGGACAUUGCCAGCGAACUGAGUCUGCUCAGUAACCUGCAGUUCGCCACAGUGCCCGACGCCCCGGUCAUUGAUACCCAGCGCACCUACGCCUACGACCAGAUCUACCUCUGCUGGCGGCUGCCGGAGGAAUCUGCCGAGGCCUGGCACUACGAGGUGGGAUACCGCCAUGCCGAGCACCCACCCAAGGGCCUGCCGCGCUGGCACAGGAUCGAGGAGGUGCAGGGCACCGGCACGGCCGUGGGCUGCCUGGAGUUGGACCGCGUCUACGCGCUGAGGGUGCGCGGGUUCAACAAGGCAGGUUACGGGGAGUACAGCGAGGAAAUCUACCUCCGCAGCCCUCCCGCUCCCGUCCUCCACUUCCUCCUGGACAACAAAUGGGGCUAUAGCAGAGACCGCCUCGUCGUCAGCAAGGACCAACAGGCCGUCCGUAGCGUUGCCGGUCUCCCCAUGCUCUUUGCAGCGGAGCAGAUCAUGACCAGCUGCCACUUGUGCAUUGACCUGGUGGUUGGCGACGUGGCGCUGACCCAGGGCAGGCACUACUGGGCGUGCUCAGUCGACCCGACCUCUUACCUGGUCAAGGUCGGGGUGGGGCUGGAGACCAAACUCCUGGAGUGGUUCCAAGUGCCCCAGGACGUGGUCAGUCCCAGGUAUGACCCCGACAGCGGCCAUGACAGCGGUGCCGAGGACGGCACGGUGGACGCCUCACCCCCGUACGCCUUCCUGACCAUCGGCAUGGGCAAGGUGCUGCUGCCCCAGGGCUCCCCCUUGCCCUCCCGGGACCCCGCGGCGGGCACCGCCCCCUUGCCCUCCCGGCUGGGGGUCUGCCUGGACUACGAGCGGGGGCGGGUGUCCUUCUACGACGCCGUGUCGUUCCGCAGCCUGUGGGAGUGUGGGGUGGACUGCAGUGGGCCCGUGUGCCCGGCCUUCUGUUUUGUGGGAGGGGGCGGGCUUCACCUCCAGGAGCUGGUCACCUCCAGGCCUGAACCGAAGGGCUUAGGCUGGCCCGGGCACAAAGGUUGGGCCCCCUUCGCUAACUGGACAGCGGGCAUGCCCACACCGACCAGCGUGUGCCAACGGACGGACUGCGGGACGCCGAUAUGA